AUGGCUCACCAAUCCGAUUCCACCUCCUACACUACUAUGUCCGAUUCCCCUAGCACGGAGUCCUGCAACCCUAACCGGGAGGAGAUUGGUGUUGACGCUGCAACAUCUUCUCAUGCAAGAAGACCGAAAGAAACGGUCUCUAGAAUCUCCUCAGCUAUCGCUCUGGACAAACCAUCCAAGGAAGGAUCGAGGUAUAUGCAUAAUGCCAUUGCUUCUAUUGUCACUAAGAUUCUGUCUGGUGAUCAGAAUGUUCCUGGGGUUUCCGUUCCCUUGAACACUAUCAUACCCGAUGAGGUUGCAUGUCGAGAAACCGCAGUCGUGGUAAGAGAGAAUGUGUCUGGAAUACCUGAAGAGGGCCCUAAGAACGAUAAACCUGUAAACAAGGUGAGAGGUGAGAAGGUCAGUGUCACUCAAGGUGUUGAUGACAACCCUAGAACUGAAACAGUUAACCUGGAAGAGUUCUCUGAUAAUGAACUUUUGGCUUCAGUUAUCCCUAGCAUAGCCAAGAGGGUUAGGACUGGGAGGGAGAAAAAGACUGUGGUGCAGAGGUCCCCAACCAAGGAGGUCGAUGAGACAACCUCUCCCAAGCAAGCAGUGACAGAGAGUGCACGCAAAAGAAAAGGGCAUGGACCUGCAAAAUCUUGGAGCAAAGAGAGACUGGCCUUGGAGAGGGAAUUGGCUCAGAAUGCCUUGGAGUGCAAGGAGAUUGUGGACCUCAUUAAAGAGGCAGGGCUAAUGAGAAUUGUGAAUCAGCUUCCAAAGUGCUAUGAGACCUUGGUGAAGGAGUUCAUUGUUAAUCUGUCUGAGGAGUGUGCAGAUGGGAAGUCUAGAGAAUUUAGAAAAGUCUAUGUGCGUGACAAUGACUUUGUGCAAAGAAGAGAGAGUCCACUGGCCUUCAGUUACAAACUAUUCCUGGGUAAGCAUGUUCCUUACAUUGUCAUGACACCUGGAGAAACAUCCAAUGUUGGCAACCAUCCAGAAAAAGUUGUUGUCAUUGCUGUGCUCAGGGAGACUUGCAAAGAGCUGGAGGCUAGGAAGCACGCAUUGGAAAAGCUGAUCUCUCAACUGGAGGCGUCUGCUGAGGAUACUGAUGGAGCAGCUAGGCAAAGUUCUGAGGAUGAGAAGGAGACCAGGUCUGAUGAGGAGGUUGAUGAUGAGGCUGAGGAAUAA